AUGGAGACCUAUUUGCUAUCCGUGUGUCCCUUUUCAACUUUUAUGUGGGACGCCCCACAUGCAGAGUUGGUGCCACCGGGAUUUACCCCUGGAUCUGUCGCAGACGCGAUGCUGCACAUCAGCGAUCUGACACUUCGAUUUGAUCUGUUUGCCAAGGCCGUUGAAUAUUCGUUUCACCCCGUGCGUUACGCGAUGGAGAACCAUCCCAUCCACACGAAGACGCUGCAUAAGCGUCAGUUUGACGUCAUACGCUACGGUAUGGUGCUGGAUGAAGUAGAGCGGCUCGUGAUUGUGCCCAUGCCACGUCUGUGUGCUGACAGUGGGGCAAAGGUUUCCCAGGAGUACGCUGCCAUUUUUAAUGGUGAUUUUAACGACGCACCCUGCGCUUCUCACCCCAUUUUGCCUGAAUAUUGUUUUGUUGUCUACCAGCUACCAAAAAGCGGCAAUGAGGGGGGUGGAAGCAUUCCCACCCCGCUAUUCCGUAUGGUUUUUCGAAAUGAGGCCUUUAACGAGCAAAUGAAGAUGCAUUUGGUGAAGGAUUUUCCUCUUUUCCGUCUGCGCUCUGUGUACGUUUCGCAUGCAGAGUUUUACGCCCUCCAACGGCAACUUGAGAUUUACACAAAAGCGUCAGCCACCAGUGAAACUCUGCCUGAUUCAGCAUUGGAAGAAACGCUUGGAAUUUCAAAGCUUCGUUGGAUGUUUGAUGCGUGGUUGAUGGUAUUGGAAGGUAUUGCCCCUUCAUGGCUUGUGGACAAGGGUGUCGGUCCAGAUAUUGUUACCUUGUUUCUUGCCUCGCAUCGCCCUAUAGGGAAAUAUGAUGUAAAAGAAACUAUUGAAGCAUACACACAGCUUCCUAUGGAUAAUCGUGUGCGGUGCUCUUAUUAUACGGCAGGUGAACGUAUGCGGCAACGAGUUCAUGUGAUGCAACGAUUUCCGGAUAUGAUUAACAAGUGGCGACAAGGCGCGUAUGAUCUUCGCUUCUUUGGCGAAGAAAUAACGGGAGCUGAACCAACUGUGCAUGUGGCUCAUUGCAUUCGUAUGCUAUUAUGCCGAAGGAAGCCGGGGAGAAAUUAUAUUGAAGAUGAUGAAAUCGCUGCCUUUGUGCCAGCGGACGAUGAAUGUAAGCCAUUGCAGGUGUACAAUACCCUGGCAGCCGAACGUUUGCGUCUCUGGGUAUUGAAGGGGCUGCUCACCGCGGAACUGCACGGUGUCCACUGCUUGAUGCUUGAAUUCGAUACAGCCAUGGUACUCUCGAUGUGCGUGGGACUUCUUUGGGGCAGCGGUGAGGAGGAGCGGCAGAGGGAAUUUGUAUUUCAUGUAUGUAAGAUUAUUGUGGAGACGGUGGAGGAUUAUGUGCAGCACAGCGGCAUCAUUUGGCGGGUGAUUAUUGUCACUUCCGACGAAAACUCGCUGAAGUCAUCCAUGCUUUGUCGUGAGAUUCUUGAGGUGACGCAAAUGGCAAAAACGCGCGUCGAGGUUGAGGAGCGACAGCGCAUGGCUGCUGGUAAACGAGUGUCUUCCACACCCUCUGACACAGGCAUAACUGCUCAAGAGGAGGUGGAGGGGGAAGAGGAGCACGGAGAGAAUAAGGAGAAGGAAGCAAAGGAAGGCGCGGAAAAAACACUAACAGGACCCGCGGCCGCGACGAGAACGCUGACGUCAGCAGUGGUGGCCAUGGCGAAGAGCGCCAGCUACAAACACGGUCCCUUCGAAGAUGUCGCAAGGUUCUCGGAGAGUAUUAGGGAUCGUGCGGCGCGUUUUGGUGUGAGAAUCUCUGACGCCGAGUUGUACCCCAUCUUUCUUGCCCUCUCCGGUGGCGAGGAUACGGUUCCCAUAAGUGAAAUUGUGCAACUUAUUCUUGAAAAGGAGUUGGAGCUAAACGACGGUCGCCGCAGCAAACUUUGCAGGGAAACACGUUUGAUUUGGCCCCACGAUCACCCCAUCUGUGCGUUGGAUAGUUGUGGUGUUCCGUGUGACAAAACCACCGUAUGGAACUUUGUCAAGAGCUUUCAACGACGUCCAUACCGUGCCAAUGUGGGAGACUACAUGGCCACCAUUGGUUUCACCCCCGGCAAUGCACCGGAACCACCAGAGUCUCUCAACUACGUUGAAUUUUCCGUACUGAUGUUAGCCCUGGCACGGCAGUAG